CCCAGGUGCGUGUCAGUAGAUCGCCAUCUUGCAGGGGGACCGCACGUGCGCCGUGGUCCGGGGUCGCAGGGUCGCCGCUGCGCUGACACCCAGGCGUCUCCAGAUCGGUCACGUGACGACUCAGGCGUCUCCAGAUCGGUCACGUGACGACUCAGGCCUCUCCGGUCCGGUCACGCGACUGUUAUAAUCUACAUCUCCUUUAACAAUGGGACAAGACGACCCAAUGAUGGCCAAGCCAGUUGGAGUUCACUGGUUUCGGCACGGGCUUCGUCUCCAUGACAACCCUGCCCUGACGGAUCUACUGGCGACAUGCAGCACGGUGUACCUGAUGUUUAUCUUCGAUGGAGAAAGUGGAGGCACGCGCCUGAUCGGCUACAACCGAUUCAAGUUCCUGCUGGAGUCGCUGGAGGACCUGGACGGUCAGCUGGCAACGCACGGCGGCCGGCUGGUGACGGCGCGCGGCGACCCCGUGGACGUGCUGAACAUGUUCAGAGUCGAUUACGGCAUGACCCACCUCAGCUUUGAACAGGACUGCGAGCCUGUGUGGCUACCGCGGGACGACCGGGUGCGCGCCUGGUGCCAGCAGCAAGGCGUCACCAUCAUCGAGCGCAUCUCGCACACGCUCUGGGACCCGGCCGAGGUGAUCGACGCCAACGGCGGUGAGCCGCCGCUCACCUUCGCCAUGUUCCACCAAGUGGCCAUGUCGAUCGGUCUGCCGCCGCCGCCGGUGCAGGCGGCGCCGCUGGACUCGCGUCAGCUGGCGCGCGUGGACACGGACCGGCCGCACGGGCACCCCGUCGAGCUGUUUCCGCGCGUGCCGGCGGUGGCGGACCUGAAGCCCCUGUCGCCUCCGGCCGGUGAGCACCAGAAGCGCUACGUGGGCGGCGAGACGCACGCCCUGUACCUGCUGGGCGAGCGCAUCGCCUACGAGGAGGCGGCGCUCAGCCGCGGAAUCAUCAUGCCCAACCAGUACUGUCCGGACCUGCUGGGGCCGCCGCGCAGCCUGUCCGCCUACCUGCGCCACGGCUGUCUCUCUGUCCGCAGGAUGUACCACAUGCUGCAGAAGGUGUUCCGGGCCAUCAUGGACGUUAACGGCCAUUCCCUGAGCAUCUGCCUGCAGCUCAUCUGGCGAGAGUUCUUCUACACCAUGUCCGUGAACAACCCCUACUACGAUCAGAUGGAGCCGAACCCGAUCUGCCUGAACAUCAGGUGGCGGUCAGACGCGCGCCAGCUGAAGCAGUGGACGCUGGGGCAGACCGGCUACCCGUUCAUCGACGCCGCCAUGCGCCAGCUGGUGCAGGAGGGCUGGAUCCACCACGUGGCUCGCAACGCCGCCAGCUGCUUCCUGACCCGCGGCGACCUCUGGAUCAGCUGGGUCGACGGACUACAGGUGUUUUACGAGCAUCUGCUCGACGCUGAUUGGUCGGUGAGCGCCGGCAAUUGGAUGUGGGUCUCGUCCUCGGCUUUCGAGAAGUUUCUCGACACUUCGGACAUCAUCUCGCCGGUCGCGUACGGCCGCAUGUUCGAGCCCACCGGGGAGUACAUCAGGCGGUACGUGCCGGAGCUGCGCCGCAUGCCCACCGAGUACGUCUUCUCGCCGUGGGAGGCGCCACUGGAGGUGCAGCGCGAGGCCGGCUGUGUCGUUGGCGAGGACUACCCGUGCCGCAUAGUGGACCACCAGGUAGCCUCGCGCCACAACUGCAAGAAAAUGAAGCGCAUCGCGCAGCAGCUGGACAGCUGUCCUCCUCACUGCAUGCCCAGCGGCCACGCCGAGGUCAAGCUGUUCCUGGGCGUGCCCGGCGCCAGUCUCGAGGACGUGCUGGCCGGUCGCUAGGCUGGACCGCCGCUGGCCGCUGGCCGC